GAAUAAUUUAGUAUCUCUGUCAGCAGUAAUCAUUUGUUCAUUCAUCAACCAUUCAUCGAAACAGUACUAGUUCAUUGACUCGAACUCACAGCUUCUGAUUCGACCGGGGGUCUUCUUGCUCAGCUUCUUACAACCUGAAAUCAUAAUUUUGGCAUGGAGUGGAACUGGAACUAUGUUUAUUGGUCUGUCGCGUUGAUGAGCCUGAUUUCACUUGUUGGGCACUUAAGAAGGAGAAAUAGUUACAGACCUUCCAAGCUGCCACCUGGUCCUAGGGGAUGGCCGGUUUUUGGCAAUCUUUUCGAUCUUGGAAGCUUGCCACACAGGAGUUUAGAAGCCUUUAAGCAAGAUUAUGGUCCUGUUGUGUGGCUAAAUCUUGGUUCUGUCAAGACCCUGGUGCUUAAUUCUGCUGCUCCAGUUGAAGAGUUGUUCAAGAACCAUGAUCUCUCCUUCGUUGAUCGGAUCACUAAUGACGCUAUGAGGUCACAUGACUACUACAAGAUUUCUAUAGCUUUUGGUCAGUAUAGCAGCUACUGGCGCACCUUGAAGCGGAUAUGCACCUCUGAGCUCUUUGCAAAUAAAAGGAUCAAGGAAACAAUGUUGAUUAGGCAAGAUAGCGUGGAUGAGAUGUUGUUGUGGAUCGAAAAGGAAGCUGCAAAAGGUUCAAGCAGUGGCAUUGUCAUCAGAGACUUUGUGUUCCCAGCCUUGUUUAACAUGAUUGGGAACAUCACAAUGUCUCAAAACUUAGUAGAUCCAGAGUCCACAAUUUUCUCUGAAUUUUGCGCUGCUUUAGGUGGUUUCCACAAGUGUUUGGGUCGUCCCAAUAUAUCCGAUCUUCUACCCUGGCUUAGAAGGCUUGAUCUCCAGGGAAUAAGACGAAACAUGGAUUCUGAUCUAGGAAAAGCCAUAGGAAUAAUUUCAGUAUUUGUGAAAGAGCGGGUGGAACAGAGGCAACGAAAGCUGGAAUUUUCAUCAGAGCAGAAGGACUUCUUGGAUGUCUUGUUAGAUUAUCGUGGCAAUGGAAAAGAUGAACCAGCUGAACUAUCAGACUUUCAAGUCACAAUUUUCCUAAUGGAAAUGUUUAUUGCUGGAACAUAUACGACAACAAGCACAACUGAGUGGGCGAUGACUGAGCUUUUACAAAAUCCUGAACAAAUGAAGAAGAUUAAGGCCGAGCUAGCUAGAGUCGUUGGAGCAGACAAAAAACUGCAAGAGAGUAACAUUGAUGAUCUUCAUUAUUUGCAAGCAGUGGUGAAGGAAACACUGCGCUUACAUCCUCCAGCUACAAUGUUGCUCCCCAGAAAGGCGGUCCAAGAUACUACUUUUAUGGGCUAUAACAUUCCUAAGAAUACACAAGUGUUGAUCAAUAACUGGGCAAUUGGAAGAGACGAAGAUAUCUGGGAGAACGCCUUGUCGUUCAAGCCUGAAAGGUUUCUGGACUCUGGUAUUAAUUAUAAGGGUCAGAACUAUGAGUUGCUACCAUUUGGGGCUGGGAGGAGGAUGUGUCCAGGUCUUCCGUUGGCUGAUCGUAUGAUACCCUUAAUUCUAGGGUCCUUAAUUCACCAUUUCGAGUGGGAGCUUUGUGAUGAUGGGAAGGUAAUAGACAUGAGAGAGACCCUGGGGUCAGCAUCACAGAAACUUGAACCCCUGCAAGCAUUUCUGAAACCAAAGACACUGUGAUCAUAAAGAAAGGCUCUUCGUGUUGAUAAGAGACGUUUACUUUGCUGUACUUUUUUGCUUGAUAAAGUGUCAUGUUUGUAACUCUGCUUCUCAAACAUCACAGUUUUUUUUACAA